AUGCACCUAAUCUGGGAAAACACAGUUAAAAACCUUAUUCUACUCUGGACGGGGGAGUUCAAAGGCAUCAACACUGGUCGCGAGUCAUAUGAGCUUGGUUUGGAAGUCUGGGAAGCAAUUGGGAAGGCAACGGCUGCUUCGGGAGGGACUCUUCCUUCAGUGUACUGUGCUCGCCCACCAAAUCCGGUCACAGAACGGUCAGCAUGCACAGCUGACACCUGGUCCUUUUGGACACAAUAUUUAGGUCCUGUCCUCCUCCGUCAAAAGUUCUCAAAAGCGAAGUACUACAAACACUUUGUGAAGCUUGUGAAGAUACUUCAUGUCUGUCUCCAAUUUGAGCUUUCAUCACAAGACAUCGAAGAUUUGCGAGUUGGUUUUGAAUCUUGGGUCAAAGAGUUUGAAGAAAUAUAUUACCAGAAUGAUCCUCAACGUGCAGGAGUAUGCCCGAUAACUAUUCAUGCCCUCCUCCACAUUGCCAACAGUAUCAAGGAGACAGGCCCUGUUUGGACAUCAUGGGCAUUUCCGAUGGAACGAUUUUGUGGUCGUCUUCAGCCCAUAAUCAAGAGCAAGCGCCAUCCGGAUGCAUGCAUUGCACGAUACAUUGUCGAAGAGGCCCAGCUCACCCAGGCAGCACUAAUCUACAACAUGGCAGAAGAACUCUCAUUGCACAAGCCACUGAACGGAAUGGUGGCAGGGCAGUUCACACACAAGUCCUAUCCUACCUGUGUGCUUCUCCCACCACGACGAAAGGGGCCUGACACCAUAGAUGAUUCACUUUACAGCAAGAUCAUCAAGGCACUUGCAACACAGUUGGAUACAACUCCUGCUGUCCUCAAACGGGUCGUUUUUCGCAAACAUAUAGAGCAAUGGGGAAAGGUUCGUCGGCUAGAGGGAGGAGACACCAUGAUUUGUGCGAGUCUUGUUAAAAAGCAGGUGGACUCACGCGAUGCAACUUUUGUUCGGUAUGAAUCUCUGGUGGAUAGAAAUGCUCGUCAGCGAAACACACCAUCAAUAUUUGAAAAACAAACAUUUUACGGUCAGCUCCAGCACUUGUUUGUUGUCAAUGUGCCCACCAAUCCAACGAUUCACCUGGAUGCACCCUUAACGAUAUUCUUUGCUGCACUACUGCCCUGUCUCCUGACUGCCUCGUCAGCUCACCUGGAUAUGCUCAACAUUCACUUUUACUCGGCAAUGGGAACAUCUUUGGAUAUCGUAGACAUUAUCUGCGUUCAAUGUUUGGUGGGACAGGUGCCACUCAAUGACAAUGGUUGGAGCUGGGCUAUAAUUGACCAGAGUGGUGAUCUCGCUCGUGCAGUGUUCGAAGACUAA